GGGAGCGGAAAUUCCUGCGCUGGCGGAAGGAGCGGGCGUCGAUCCAAGCGGGCCGAUCUCGGCUAUGGAGCCUGUAGCGACCUGGACCCCUGGAAAGGUGGCAGCUUGGCUGAGAGGCCUUGAUGAUUCCCUGCAGGACUAUUACUUUGAAGACUGGGAGCUGCCUGGCAAGUACCUGCUCCAGCUCUGUCCCCGCAGCCUUGAGGCUCUAACUGUGUGGCCUCUGGGCCACCAGGAGCUCAUCCUGGAAGGGGUGGAGCAGCUCCGGGCACUGAGCUCCGGCCUACAGACAGAGAACCUGCAGAGCCUGACAGAGGGGCUGCUGGAGGGGACCCAUGCCUUCCGGAGCUUAGUCCAAGGCCACCUGGGGGGCUGUGCCGAGCCCCCUGCCGAUGUCCUCAGUGCAGCUGUGGACCUGGUACAUGAGGCGCGUACCCUCCUCUUCUGGCUCAACAGGUACCUCUUCUCCCACUUAAAUGACUUCUCGGCCUGCCAGGAGAUUGGGCAGUUGUGCGGGGAGCUGGGCCAGGCCUUGCAGGAGGACUGUGCAGCGGCUGAGAAGGAGAGCAAAGUCCUGAGGAUUUGCAGCCAUGUGGCUGGAAUCUGCCACAACAUCCUGAGCUACAGCCCCAAGGAGCUGCUGGAGCAGAGGGCCGUGCUAGAGCGAGUACAGCUGGACAAUCCUUUGGACCUGGAAAUCCACACCACCACCAACUGCCUGCACUUUGUGUCUCAAGUGGGCACUCAGGUCCCCACCGACUCCCAGCUGCAGAUCCUGCCUGGAGACGAGAUUGUCCAGAUCAAUGAGCAGGUGGUGGUGGGGUGGCCCCAUAAGAAUGUGGUGAGAGAGCUACUGCAGAAGUCGGCUGGAGUCACCUUAGUGCUGAAGAAGGUCCCCGUGCCGGAGACCCCCCCACAGACCUCUCCUCAAGCCCUGGGCUCCCCACAGCUGAGGAUCUCAUCGCUGGCUCUGGCCCCACUGUCUCCUAGGACCCCGUCCGAAGACGUCUUUGCCUUCAACUUGACCUCAGAUCCAAGUCCUGGACCCAGCCCUGCCUGGACAGGCAGUUUCCAAGCCCCACCAGACUCUUCCUCCCUUGACUCUGAGCCCCUGCUCAUCCCCCCUGCAUCCCCAGCCACACUCCUAGCAGGGGUUGCAGAGACUCCGAAGCCCCCAGAAGACCCUGACGAGAGUCCUGUCCCUGGUCAGAAGAAAUCAAAAGGUGUGGCGACGCGGCUGAGCCGCCGGCGGGUGUCAUGCUGGGAGCUGGGCCAGCCAGACUGCGACGGCUGGCUCCUGCUGCGCAAGGUACCCGGCGGCUUCAUGGGCCCACGCUGGCGCCGCUGCUGGUUUGUGCUUAAGGGACACAAGCUCUACUGGUACCGACAGCCCCAGGAUGAGAAGGCUGAGGGCCUCAUCAACGUCUCCAACUACAGUCUGGAAAGUGGACAGGAUCAGAAGAAGAAAUAUGUGUUCCAGCUCACCCAUGACGUGUACAAACCCUUCAUCUUCGCUGCUGAUACCCUGGCAGAUCUGAGCAUGUGGGUACGCCAUCUCAUUACCUGCAUUUCCAAGUACCAGUCUCCAGGCCGGGCCCCCCUACCCCAAGAGGAAGACUGCUACAGUGAGACAGAAGCAGAAGACCCUGACGACGAGGCUGGGUCCCGCUCAGCCUCGCCCAGCCUGGCCCACACUUGCAGUCCACUCCAUGGAGACACAUCACCUGCAGCCGCCCCCACGCGGGGCAGCCCACGGACCUCCCUUGGCUCCCUGACAGACAGCAGUGAAGGGGCACUGGAAGGAAUGGUACGGGGGCUGAGGCAGGGUGGCGUGUCCCUCCUGGGCCGGCUACAGCCCCUCACUCAUGAACAAUGGCGGAGCUCUUUCAUGCGGCGCAACCGAGACCCCCAGCUCAAUGAGCGAGUACACCGGGUGCGGGCGCUCCAGAGCACACUCAAGGCAAAGCUGCAGGAGCUGCAGGCCCUGGAGGAAGUGCUAGGCGACCCCGAGCUGACUGGAGAGAAGUUCCGACAGUGGAAGGAACAGAACCAGGAGCUCUACUCAGAGGGCCUGGAGGGAGUGGUGCAGGCUGAGGGCAGCUCCCCAGUCCUGACCUCUGACUCCAGAGAACAGUCUUCCCACCCCCUGCCCUCUGACCCUGAGGAGCACUCCCAUCUCUGCCCCCUGACCCCAGAGAGCAACCUCCAACCUCCUGACCUCUGACCCUGGCCAGUACCCUAGCUCUUGACCUCUGGUCUUGAGGACCACCUCAGUCCCCAGCCUCUGACAUGUCUAGGGCAGAGCAUCCCUGGAUUCUGCUCAAGGUUGAAAUAGUGCUAGUCCAUGUCACCCCAAGCUGAUCCCCUCUGCCCGCGCUGCCACCAUUUCUGCUCCUCUCUCCCUGGAGUGGGGCGAAGUGAAGUGAGCUUUGUGCCACCCUUUCCUCCCUCGCCAAGGAAGGAGCAGGAGGCUGGGCUGAAAGAAACUCUCUCCCACCCCAUCCUCUGACCCAUGGGAGCACAGACCUGCCGCCCUCAGUCCCUUGGCACUUCUCCCUUCCCCAAACCAGUCUGUACAGGCAUUCUUCACUUUACACAAGAGACACUUUUCAACCAAAUAAAGUCAGUUUCUCUAA